GGUCUGGGAAGACUGAAGGAAGUCAGAUAAGAGUGCCUUUCAUAUGACUUCACCACUGGGGCCUGGCUGGCUCAGGAGGCUGAAAAUGCUUUUCCUCCAUCAGUUAGUCAUUGCUUGUCCUACUUUUCUGAAGUCAAGAAGUACUCAUAAAGAGCAACUUGUUCAGUGACAGAAAAAGACAUUUCUGCUGGCCAAGCACUUGGAAAGGAGACAGGAAGCAUAUUAUUUUUAAAAGGAAUCCCACUGCCAAGAGAGCGCAGAGCAAAAGAUGAGCAGAAAUGGAAAACAACCACAGGAGCAGGAGGGAAAAGGCUUCAUUCACUGAGAGAGCUCCAGAACAUCCCGGCGAGCAGCUGCCAGCAGAGAUGGGUUCUGCCGCUUCCAGCUCCCAGUUCACCCCCAGCCGGCUACUCGCUCUGGCUGUCCUGGCGCUUGUCCUACUGCUGUGCCUGGGGCCAAAUGGAACAACAGGGAACAAACUGAGGCUCUUGCUUCAAAAACGAGAAGCAUCCGCUCCAACUAAGAUGGAAGUUUCAGUAGGUGAAAGCAAAGCAAAAGAAUUUUUAAACAGCAUGAAACGCCAGAAACGCCAGCUGUGGGACCGGUCUCAGCCAGAUGUCCAGCAGUGGUACCAGCAAUUUCUCUACAUGGGUUUUGAUGAAACUAAAUUUGAAGAUGAUGUUACUUAUUGGAUAAACAGAGGCCGAGAUGGCCACGACUAUUAUGGAGGUUACUACCAGCGUCAUUAUGAUGAAGAUGCAGCCAUUGGGCCUCGCCAUGCAGACACUUUCAGGCACGGAGCCAGCGUCAACUACGAUGACUACUGAGUGCCUUUUCUGAUGCUCUGGAUGGAGUGCCAAGGGCUUUGUCUUACCUCACAGGGUUGUGGUGAGAUGCAAAGGCAAUAAUGUAUAUGUAAAGCACUUUGCAAACCUUAAAGCAUCAUAUAAAUAUAAGCUAUUAAUCUUCCUGUCUUCCUAGUACAUUUUGAAAAGAUUUUUGUUUGUUAUCACUGUAGUCACAAUUAAACCAAAAAUAUUGUCUGCGCCCUCCUUUAAGUUCUUCACUGAACGUCCACUCCACAUCCUGGAGACCUUCCUCAUUUUUUCCUAUUACUGGGAUGAAGAAAUGAAAUUGUCCAAGAAGUGGGAACCAUUUGAUUUUUUUUAAAACAGCCACCACGCUGGAACAGAGAGCUCUAAAAGUGUUACUGACCUGAGAAAUGCUAGGGGGAACAAGCCGUGAACUGAGCUAGAAUUGUCAGGGCUGAUGUGCAGCCACCAGGUUUAAUAGCAGAGUCUGAUUCAUUUGGAAGGAAACAAAGAGGCACAUCUGAUCUGGUGGUCAAAACCAGCAUCUUGUGUGGUUGUUUAUUCUGUGUCAAAUGUCAACCAUUACUAGGGAUGAUGGCUAGAGAAGUCAAAAUUCUGUAAUGGAGUUAAUGCUAGUAGUUUCCUUAAAAGUUUGAUUCCUAAGAAUGAAUUUUAGAUUUUUUCCCUUAAGUUUCAAAAACAGAAGAGUGGAAGUAUAUUCCAUUCCUACAGCUCAUCCCUUUGAUUAGCUGGUUCCUCCUGAAAUAAUCACGUUAAUUCUGUCUCUUUUAUUGAUUCUAUUUAAAAUAAAUUGAUUUGUCCUAGCUGGGUGACCCUGGGCAAGUCACUUGACCCCCAUUACCUAGCCCUUACCACUCUUCUGCCUUGGAACCAAUACACAAUAUUGAUUCUAAGAUUAAAAAAAAAAAAGACUGCUCUAAGACUUUUGGGACACCCUGGAUAUUAACUUUAAGGGAAUAAUAACAGUAGUGUUUUAUUUGCUUCUGUGUGCCUAUUUCUUGUGUACAUUUUUAUCAGAAAUUAUCAUUGCUUUAAAAAACCAUAAUCGUAGCAGUUAUAUUGUUUUAUUGUAUUCUUCAUUUUACAGCCCUUCUUGUGGAUCUUGCCAUGUUUGUACUCUCAUCUUUGUCAUUCCCGAAUGGCACAAUAAUCCAUUCUUAAAUAGUUUUGGACUCCCACUAGAAUGUUUCUGUUUUAUUUAACUCAUGAUCUUUCUCUUUAUGACAAUAAUGCAAUUGCUAAAGAACAAUAGAAAUACCUCCUGAUGCUUGAUGUAUCGUCUUAUACAAAAUCUUAUCUUCUACAUUCUUAUACAAGAAAUAAAAUUUUGUUUCAAAA